CAUUGUGAUGUAGCAAUUGUCAGGUGGACAGGGGGUCUAUUUUAGUGAGCCAUUCACAUGAGACUUCAAAUACAUGAAUCUUUCACAAAUAAGUGUAAAGUGCUUUCCACCUCUGUUGCUGCUCUGACUGAUUCCCUCUCAUAUUCACGGUACCAUAAGCUGCAACCAUGUCUGAGGGACCGAAAAAGUCAAAAUAUUCAGCGACACGCCGACUGCAUUUGAAGUCCAAACUGCUGAAGAAGGCAGCUUCUAUGCUGGCGGCAGAAAUCGAAGACAAGAAACACGAGAAAGAACGAGUUGUGAACGAAUGCUUCCCUCCACUGAAGCUCUCAGGCCUGGCAGUCCAGGAGCUGCAGGAUCUUUGUAAAGAACUUCAUCGUAAGAUUGAUGUUGUAGAUGAAGCACGUUAUGAAGUAGAGGUGAAGGUCGCCAGAAAUAACCAAGAGAUCCAGACACUGAAUGGGAAGAUCGUUGACCUGAAGGGGGUAAAGAGGCCCAGCUUGAAGAGGGUGAAGAAAACGACAGACGACAUGCUGGGUGCAUUCACCGACACCACCAAACACAUGAAGGCAGAUUUCAAGGUCAACCUGAAGACAGUGAAGAAAGAAGAAGACAAGAGGGAAGAAGUGACUGACUGGCGUAAGAACGUGGAGGCCAUGUCUGGUAUGGAGGGCAGGAAGAAGCUGUUCAAUGCAGGACAAUAAGAAGGUGCUCACAUCAAACCAGGUUUCGUCAGCAACCCACCUGUCCUAAAGUAAACAGUGACUUCCCAGUGUUCGAGUCAAAUCAUUUUGUUUGGCUUUAUUUCAGAAUCCUUGCCCAAAUACAAGGUUUUCAUUACAGCAUGAAAAAAAACUUGUUUUGUAAAGAAUGAUGUCAAACCAUAGACUCCAAAGAUUGAAUACAGAAAAUGCACAAUUUAGACUAUAAUGUAUUAAAACUGCUUUAAUCUUGAUUAAAUAUACACUUGUAUAUAAAGACUAACACAUUUUGCCAUGAAUGUAAUAGUAUGUAUUGUAUAAUAUGUAUUACAAUGUACUAAAGGUUUAUGGGUUGGUCUUUUUAAAGUGCAGUAUUCAUGUUAAUCACAUGAUGGCGCUGUGCCACUAUAUGUAAUACACUUGAUGCUAAUUAAACAACUAUGAUCACUUG